AUGGAAAUCCUAUAUCAGUUUCGUCCAAAAAGCGCGGCCACUUCCAAAAAUCCGGAUGAUUCCUUCCCGCGGCGAAAACGUGGAGUUUCGAUGGGAUUUGGUGAACGAAAGGCAUAUUUUCUGUCAAUUCGCCCAAAUCCCAAGUUUGCUACGUGGUUCGGGAAGAAAAAACGCGUAGCUGCUACAGUGGACAGACCGGAUAACAAAAAUAAGAUUCUGCUCCCAUUGGCACCUGUUCCUGAGAAAACCCUUCCAGCAGAACUGGCUGAGGAAGAUGAAAUUGAUGAAAGCAGAUCAGUAGUGAAAAAAGGUAUCAAUGCGGCUAAUCCGUUCAUCAAGGGAUGUCCAUUUUGGACAGUGUCAACUGGGUAUGUACUGAAAAAUUUAUGA